AUGAGUGCGGGGUCAUCGGACGGCCAACUUCAGCCAAGGGCGGUGGGAACUCGCGCUAUUUGUCGGGCACUGGCGGCGGAGGGUCGAACACUGACGGAGUUUGCACAAGGCGGCGUGACGAGACGAAGGGUGUCCUCGCUUUUGACCGUAUAUGUACGGUAUAUGUUAAAGCAGUAUAUAGGCGAUGAAGAUUUCCUGAAAUUUCGUACUCUUUGCCCGAUUUCUGCUCCUCGCGCAACGAUGCUUGACCUGAUCAAUUUGAAAGGGCCUAUCCGAUCUGCCCGGAUCGAAUUACUUCUCCUCUUGGGAUUUCACCGUCGUCCCUGCAAUUUCGUGGUGUCUACUGUGGCGGGAUAG